AAAUGAAUACAUAUUACUGAGAAUAAUCUUGAUUCAAGGAGAAAAAGGAGAAGAUGGCAGAUGGUUCAGAGUCAUUCUUUAGGAAGCACUGGGAAGGAUACAAGGAGUUUUGGGGUGAGAGGUUUUCCAUUCUAGAGAAUUAUUCAAGGUUCAUCAAGCGCGAUAAACCUCUUCCUUCUUGGUCUGCCUCUGAUGUUGAAGAGUUUAUUGCUUCAGAUCCCGUUAAUGGCCCCACUCUAAAGACUGCCAGGGAAGCAGCAAACUUUGGUCUUGCAGGAAGCGUUAUUGGAGCAGUAUCAACUGCAGGUGUUGCCUGGAAAUACUCAAGGAGUUUACAUGGUGCUGGGCUGUCCUUUCUUGCCGGAGGUGUUUUUGGUUGGACCUUUGGACAGGAAAUCGCAAAUCACUGGCUGCAACUCUACAGGUUGGACACCAUGGCUGCACAAGUUAAGUUCAUGGAGUGGUGGGAGAAGAAAUGUGAAGGUUGGCUUUAAGUUUGCAUGUUGUUGAUUGUAAUAUUGUGAUACCUAUUCACCUUUUUCUACAAUAAUAAUAAAAAUGCUCCCAUGUUAAAAUGUAAUGGUUGUUAGCUUAACUUUUUUUGAUGCUAGAAUCCUAAAAUAUUUUGAUGGGAUUCUCGAUCAUAUUUCUUUUCUUGGGAUUGAAAGUGAUGAGAAUGCAGUUUGCUAGCAAUUUAUGUUUAUAA